UCGCAAGCCAAGUGUCCGAUUCGCUUACUCUCAUCUACCCCUUGGCAGAUUUAGUCAAGUUUCUAAGCUUUCAAAAUAUCGCGCUUUGACUUUCCAGGGCAUCCAAUCAGAUCGCGCCAUACAUACACUUUCGGUUUCAGUAAUGGCGACCUCCAUGUCUAGCCCGUGUUGUCGCCUUUGCCAUGGAAUUUUGCCCAAAAAACAAAGACGAACGAUCUUUGGAGAAAGCUUUGGCGUGUAUGAUCAACUGCUAGAAAUAAUAGAUCAGAUUCCUCACCCAAAUGACGAAAAAGGGAAUUACAUCUGCGGUAUGUGUUGGAAUAAGCUAAACAGACUGGGUAAAAUCGAAUACGACAUAAAAACAAAGUUAGAAAAGUUAAAAUCUGAAAGGCAUGACUUGAUACGCGAUUUACGCUUGAAGCACAAGGGCGAUAUAAGCGUACAGCAAGUAUGUACACCUAAAUCCAAAAAACAUUUAAUUGUUCACUCGCCAACACCGAGGAAAGUAAAACAGCUGUUCACUGAAUCCAAGUCCACUCAGCUGACGGAUACUCCAACAUCAUCAUUGAAUCCCGUGACCGACGACAAAGACAGGAAGAAAGUGAACAUUCAGCUUUUCUCUCCCAGUAAAAUUAAGGUUGUAUACAGAGGUCCAAAAGAAAAGCUGAAAUCCAAAGUUAUCCCUGCUGGAGAUUCACAGAACAUCAUUAGAUGUAUUUCAAGGGGUGAAUCCCACCAGAAAACAUCCAAAGUAAUCUACAAUUCCACUUUACAAGACAAUAUCCAUAACUGUGUGAUCAAAGAUCUCAGAAAGGAACUGAACAAGCUUUCAUCUACCAAGACUAUGUCAUGUCUUAGAAAGACAUCAAGUGACAAGUUAGCCACGAUUAACUUCGAGUCAUGGAAUUUGGAGCUACAGUUACAUUCCCCAUUAUUGUAUAAGAUAAUAUCUGGUUUCUUCAAUCCCCAUAAUCAUGUUGCAGUGGCAGUGAUCGCUGCUGUUAUCCAAAAGAAUCGAGUUAUGCACAUGUCUGCCUUUCAUCAUGCAGUAACUCAAGUUUUGGAUAAUGGUGGAGCAACGGAUGAGUGCAUAAAUCUUCUCAACAAGUUGGGUCUUUGUUUGUCACCAUCUGCUGCGACAAAGAAGAAGUCUGAUUUGAUAGCAAGGCAAACUGACCACAUACAACGACUGAUGAUUUCAGAAAAGAAAGCCCUCGAAGAAAAUACAGGUGAGGAUUGCGUGCCGUCUGAAAUCAUUGGAGAUAAUUUCGACAUUAUGAAAAGUCCAUCUCAUAUGAGCAAAGAGAAGCAGCGACAAAGUUGGCAUUGGUUUUUAAUGGUUGGUUUGCAGAGAAGGGUUUUAAACCCUAACUUAAGUACAGAUGCCCCUGUUACAUCCAUAUCAGAAGCUGAGAACAGCAUAUUCAUUCCAAGUAUUGAAGAUUGCAGGUCCCUAGAAAAUAAUUUUGUUCACCAUAUUAUGAAGGUGUUGGUGAAAUAUUUUCCCUGCUUUCAAAAAUAUGGUCCAUAUAUUCCCAAGUGUAUUGAACAUUCUCACAUGCAAGAAUUAUCCAAGAAAUCUGACUUUGUGAUAAUAGAUCUACUUGACAAAAGUGAAAAUAAAAAUGAAGAUAUGAUCAGUAUCUUGGAGCAUAUUCAUGAGAAUUAUGUCCCACAUACAGCUGAGGAACACUCACAUGUCAUCCGAAAGAAAGUAUUUGGGGGGGAUGUUCUUACAAAUGAAAGAGCAUAUUCUGCACAGUUAGCUAUGUUAAAUGGAGCUACAGAUUUUGAACAGAUAGCAGGUGUCAUACAUAGGCCAGAAGGACUGCAUAGAAUGAUGAAUCUAUGUCUGGUAACAAAUUAUUCAAGGUUUCAAAUAUGUCAGAUUCUCUACCAGCAGUUUUACAAGGCUUCAUCUACCAAUGACCGGGGAACUCUUUCCCAGCUGAGAAACAUUGUUCAUCGAGUUGAUGUUAAAGGAGCAGAAAGAGUUAUCGAAAGUUACAGAGCACACUCUGCUUUCAUUGAUGAUUGCUUAGAUGCUUUCAUUGUUGGUGCCUGUAUGCAUCACUUGAAAAUGGAGAGCAUUGAAUGUGAACCACAGUCCAAACAGAUUCUCUUUGAGGCCAUCUCAUCAGAGGAUAAGAUGCAGUUCAUUACUAACAUCGCAUCAGAAAUACAGAAAAAGUACAUCAAUCUGGAAAACGAUUUUCACACCUUGGAACAUGCUUCUGAGAAACUGGAUAUGCAAGAGCAACAAAUCAAAGAUAUGUUUGAUGCCACUGAGGGAUUAUACCACUGUGUUGAUUGUUGGCGCCCAUACAAGAAGCAGGGACACCUUAAAAAUCAUCUUAAAAAAGAACAUGAUUGGGAAUUUCAUCAUCAAGAUCAAGAAGCUGGUGAAGAUCAUGAUCGAGUGGCCCUUUACAGAGCAUCAUUUAUGAAAUGUGCUCUUCUACUUAGAGACACAAGUGACGCUUAUAAAUUGGGUGAUGGAAAUAGAAUUAUGGACAAUUCCAAAUUUCAAAUGCUUCUCUCAGGGAUUGCACAUCAUACAAAAUACCAACUAUGGCUAUUCAGAUUUCUAGCAAACUAUCACUGCUUGCUAAGUCCAAGGGAAGCAUUUGAGUACAAAUGGAACUGCACAGCAAAUAUGAAAGGUGGAUAUGGGCAUAACAUUCCGAAUGAUAACUUGAUAGAGAUUCUAGUCCAUCGACUUAAAUCAAAGUUGCAAUCGCAGGGAGCAAAUGUGACAUUUUCAAGUGCGCGGAAGGCAGCUUUGACUCUUCAAAUACAAGAUGAGAUCAAGGAAAAUUUAAUUGAGAAGUCUGGCAUGAAGAAAUCGGGGACCACUCGUUCAAGUACUUCAAUGGACAAAGACAUUGUACUUAUGGUGACUGAACUCUCUGCUGCCAGUGUGUUUGAUUACAUUCCUGGUAGAAAAUAUGACAAUUUCAAAAACUUUAAUGAUCUGUUUUCCAGAAUUAAUAUCCCAGAAUUACACAAAUGGUUAAGUAAACAAAAGGAGAGACUGUCUUAUGAAGCCAUUUAAAUACUGUACAUUGUAUAUGCAGUAUAGAUUGAUGUAAGUCAAAGCAACCAUAAUGAAAUGAAAAAAAAGAGCAGUUGUUCUCAUUUUAUUGCAUUAACAUAUUAAGAAAAUGUUUUCUGACAGUGCUAAAUAAGAAUUUGUGUACCAAUCCAUUUAAUAUUAGAUCCUAUGAUCCGCUCAUCUACUAUCGCUACACAUGGGUAGAUGAGCGGAUCAUAGGAUCUAAUUUUAAUUAGAUUGAUUCGUGUACAUACAUGUACUUACAUGUCAUUCAUUAUAGUUACCUUCAUCUUCGUCUUCAGUAUCUAAAACACUGUACAUAACAUCAUCUCCGAAUAUUUCAUUGAUAACAUUUGAGAUUUGGUUAGCAACAUCAUAUGACCAUACAGCACAGUUUUUCAAAAUAUCUUCAGGUGUAAAAAUUUGUUCAACAUGCUGUACAACAUAGUGUAUAACAUCAUUAGACAAACCGUGAAUUAAUUCUGAUUUCAUCAGUGUUGAAAAAUUUGACAGUUUAAAUUGUAAUGCAUCUAGUUUCUGCUUUAAUAGUACCCUGUCAGCUGAAUUGACAUCUCGGCUCAUUUGAUUCGUAUUUUCUUCUUGCAAUUCAAACAAUAGUGCUGGAUGGGUGUCCGUACAGUUAAGUUCACAUUUGCAACUUUUUUCAGACAUCACAACACAUAUGCAUUGGAAUCACCUUCUCAAGUUUACAUCCAUAAGACGAACACAAAAUUUCUCGUCUACACUUUGAAUCUUUAGCCAAUUGAACAAGUUCCUCUUCAACUCGUUUUAAUUGUCCCUUGUGGAAUUUGUAAAUAAUAAGUUCAUGCGCAAAUUCUCCAUCCCUGCCUGCCCUACCCAUCUGUUGAACAAAAGUGUCCAUUUCUCUUGGGAGGCCAUAAUGAAUAAUAUUAUGUACUUUGUAGAAAUUUACACCCAUGCCUGCCGAAUUGGUACAUAUCAAAAUUCUAAUUUUUCCAUCUUUUGUCAUAUCUGACCUAAUGUAUUCUUUUCUGCCUUCUACUGUUUUGCUAUGAAACAUUUCAUAAUGUUCACUUUUUCCUAUCCUUUUUCUAAAUAUUGCAUAAAUUUUAGACACAUCACUUAUUGAUUCUGAAAAUAUUAUAUGUCUUGGAAGUGUUUCCUUUUUCUUUUCAAAUUCAUUCAACAACCAACCCAUUACAUCUUCAAUUUCACUGUUGUUAGGGACACACAUUGAGGAUAUUUUAAUGUUUUUCCUAUCGGGAGACUCUGAUAUGAUCACAGUUUCAGAUGUCCUGAAGCAAAGACUUCUCGUGAUUUUGCGACGCUGUGCAGGACCUGAUGUUGCGGUUAAGGCAGCUAUAGGGACGUCUGGGCAAAUUGCUCUCAACUCUCCUAUUUGACUGAAAUGUUCCCUAAAGGCCUUAUGGUGAUCAUUUCCUUCACCCCUAAAUUAAAAAAAAAUACAGUUAAGUAUAUUUAAAAUGUGUCCUUGCUAUGUCUCACUUAACUCUCUCAGAUUAUCAAGCCCCAAGACCAUAAACUUGAAUCAAAAUUUUCAUUAUAUUUCAAGAUUUAUCUUGCACAAAUGUUUGUAAAACUGCAGGUUUAUAGGGGGAUCAAAUGCAAACAUAUACUGAAAAUAUUAUUUGUUUAUGAAAAUUAUUUCAAAAGGUAGCUGGAUUUGAAAUUUAGACUUAAGAAUAUAUUCUCCGUUUAUGGUCUUGACUUGAGGCCUGGUAUAUAUAUGCAGGUAGAUUGGAAUAGUAAACAAUGACUCAUUUAAGGGUGAAAUUUUGUAAAUAUAGUUACACCUGUGUUUUAACAAAACAUUUACAAUCAUGUUGGUGGGGAGGGGUGUCAUAAACAAGCUUGAUUACCAUUGAACAACUGUGUGGGCCUCGUCCACGACGAUGACUUUAAUUUUCUCUCUUAAUUUAGAUACCAUAUCCCUCCACUUCUUCUCGCCAACCAGUGCCUCCGGACUGCCAAAAAUAAACUGAAAUCCCCCUUCCUGUAACACAUCAUCGUCGUCUGGGUCCUUUCCAAUAUAUGUACAAGUGAAACCUAGCUUGCAGAGUCUUUCCGUUUGUUCUUUCAUUAUGGAAACAAGGGCUGUCACAACUAUGACACAAGCGUCAUGACAAAUGACGGGAAUGCUUUCGUAAAUCAUAGAUUUCCCGCUACCCGUCUUCAAUCCUACGAAUACAUCCUUUCCAUUACAAACCGCUUUGAUCCCAUUUACUUGAUUUCCCCUCAAACACUCUAUGCUAAACCUGUCUUCAAUCUCUUUUCUCUUUUCAUCUGUCAACUCCAUUUUGUAAACGUACACAUGUACC